UUCAUUUCAGUUUAUUUAUUGAAUUGUGGAAUAAAUCAAAAAAGUAAACUAAAGAAAUUAAUGUUUUUCAUAUUUUAUUUCUUUUAAGAUUUAAAUGUAUUUCUAUGGAUUUAAUAAACAGCUCAAACGUUUCUCGCGUUGUAAUUUCGCCCUCCAGCACAGAGGUGGAGUCGCUUUACUGCAGUUAGAGCAAACUCAGCGUGAAAGCAGCAGAUCUGAUUGAAGACGGAUCGAUUCCGCACUCAGACACUUUUCACCAUGGCGGACGGAGAGAAUGAAGAAAUGCGAACUCUGGAGCUCCACGGCCAUGUGGGGCUCAACAGUCUCCCUGAUGAGCUGGUCAAAAGAAGAGUCAAAAAAGGAUUCAGCUUCAACAUCCUCUGCGUGGGUGAGACCGGUAUAGGAAAGUCAACACUUAUUAACACUCUUUUCAAAUCAAACUUUGAAAACGAGGAGGCCACCCAUUAUGAUGAGGAGGUUAAGCUGCUUCCUAGAACAUACGAUAUUCAGGAGAGCAACAUCAACCUAAGAGUGACUGUGGUACACACUGUGGGCUUUGGUGACCAGAUCAACCUACUGAAAAGCUCCGAUCCCAUUGUUGACUACAUCGAUACACAGUUUCAGAAAUAUCUUGAUGAGGAGCUGAAGAUAAAGCGUUCGCUGUUGAAUUACCACGACACCAGAAUCCACGUGUGUUUAUAUUUCAUCGCUCCAAACGGACAUUCCCUGAAGGCACUUGAUCUUGUCACCAUGAAGAAGCUGGACAGUAAGGUGAACAUCAUCCCUGUUAUUGCUAAGUCAGACACUUUAACCAGAAAUGAAUUGGUCAACCUCAAAAUUAAGGUGAUGAGUGAGCUGGUUAGCAAUGGCGUUCAACUGUAUCAGUUUCCAACAGAGGAUGAGGCCGUUGCAGAGAUCAACUCUUCCAUGAAUACUCAGCUUCCGUUUGCUGUGAUUGGAAGCACUGAGGACAUCACGGUGGGGAAUAAAACAGUGAAAGGGAGGAUGUACCCCUGGGGAUCUGUACAGGUGGAAAAUGAAAAUCAUUGUGAUGUGGUGAAGCUGAGAGAGAUGCUGCUGCGUGUUAACACAGAAGAUCUCCGAGAGCAAACACACUUCCGUCACUAUGAGCUGUACCGCCGUUGCAAGCUGGAGGAGAUGGGCUUCAAGGACCCAAGCAAUGACAAUCAAUCAUUCAGCCUCCAGAAAACAUAUGAAGCCAAAAGGAAGGAGUUCCUCAAAGAACUGCAGCACAAAGAGGAAUCAAUGCGGCAGAUGUUUGUGAACAAGGUCAAAGAGGCAGAGGUGGAGUUGAAAGAAAAAGAAAAAGAGCUCCAAGGGAGGUUUGAGCUCCUCAAGACCAUGCACCAGGAGGAGAAGAGGAACCUGGAGGAGAAAAAACGAGAAAUGGAGGAAGAGAUGAACGCCUUCAACAGGAGGAAAGUGGCGGCUGAAACACUGAUGGGACAGGCAGUCCAAGGAAGCUCACAGCAGCCAUUCAAAAAGGAAAAAGACAAAAAGAAUUGAUUUAUGGAUCAAAACAUCCAAGGAAACCAGGAAUGUGUCCACCGUCAGCAUUGGGAAAAACAGGCUGUCAUGUCUGACUGUCUUAGUAAUUGACACCGUAUCUUUUAGCUAAUUAUAUGUUGGUUAAAUUGUACACUCAAGGUGAUGUGUGUAUCCAAGGGUCAACCAGUACUUGUUAUAUUUAAUGUGUAGCUUAAGCUGAGUGUUGCAGGUAAAGAUCAACCCAUUGACUGUUUUCAUAAAAUGUUUCUGGGUUGAUUUUAGGUCAAUAUCAGCUUUUUUUUUUUUAAAUCACCUGUUGAAAAUCAUUUUUGCUUUUGAGUAAGACAUUUUCAAAAAUUCAACAAGAUCAGUCUAUUUCUGACUAAAAUGUUGCUUUCAGUUUCAUAAUAUUAAUCUGAAAAAAUAGCAUUUUUAUUUUUCUAAUUGUACAUUUUUUUAAUCUGUUUGUAAAUAAAAAGGCAUUAAUACUUUUACUAUUUAAAAUCAACAUUAUGCAACAACUUGAACGGUACAACUGAAUCUAUUUACAUCAUUUUGUUUUUUGAACAACAUCCAAAUGAAGAAAGAUGUGGAGGAAUAGAGAGAAGAAAAUCAUUUCAUGUGUCAUCUGUGUCCCUUUCUGACUUCCUCUGGCCUUGGCGCUUUUAUCACUUCACUCAUUCGGAUGACUCACAAUAUUCAGACUGCAUCCAUUGUUUUCACUAAGUUGCCAAGAACAUCUGUCAUUGUGCUACCGCUAAAGCAGGACACUUGAAAAACAGAAAGUGCUUAAUGUUUGCCUUAAGAAUGCCACUUGUUCAGACAAAUAACCUGCUUUUUCUUUCCUUUCAUAGCUUCUUUAGUCUUCCAUCUGCGUGCUCCUUAACCUCAGGAAGGAAUUUGAAUUAGAAGACACCAAAACGUCAAAUCUCUUUAUUUUUACUGUGUUUAUUAAAUGUUUUAUAGGAAUGGAAUUUAGAGAGCCUGAAGUCUUCCACAUCAACUUGACUUUCCUCUUUAAUGCUUUGUGGCAUGGUCUCUGCAUGAAUCCAGGUUCUUCUUUCUGCACUCUCCAUUGCCAAAGUCUUGGUUUUGUACCGAAUAUGUCGCCCUCCUUACCAUGUCAUUAUUAUGGUUAAUUUCUAAUUAAUUUAUACUUACACUGUGAUAUUUAUACUGUAAACUGAACUGCAUUUGCUGUUUGAUGGUUACAAAGAUAGUUCUAUCAUUAUAUGAUUUAGAAGCACAUUUAGUUUCCAUAGAAUUAUAUAUAUAUAUUAAACAAUAUUUAAACUGUAAAUAGUUCUUCUCUAAAAAUAUUCCCUAUAGAUGGAGAUAUAAAUAUUGACUUAAGUGCCAAAAGAAUAUACUGUGUUAUAAAGGAAAAUAAAGCUUAACAAUAAAUAUGGAAAUGAAUCUUGGAAACUGGUUUUAUGUCAGUACGGUUGUUGAUUUGAAUAAAUAAAUAUUAUUAUGCAAAAUUA